AUGAGGGUUGUGCGAAUUGCAAAUUUUGCGCCUCUAUCGCUCUCGCGAUCAACACCGAGCAUCUGCACUGCAUCGAGACCAGACCCGAAGGCACUGACUGCACCUGCGUCGCAACUGCACACUCUACUAUCUGAUACACCUGCAGCACGGCGCAACCUUCAGCUCAGCACCCUAUUUACAUCAACCUCGCGAAUCAUGGCGGACGAGAAGAGUGGAAAGCAAGCUACCUUGGGGUAUGUAAAGGAUGGACAGCAGACCAUCGGAAGAUUCUUCGGUUCAAAUGCCAAUCAGGCGCCGAAGAAGCAGACUACGUUGGCAUUUGGCGGAAAGCGACAGCGCGCAAGCAGUGAUGUCCCAGAUGCGGACACAAAAGAUGCCAAAGUCGAUGUGAAGACGGAAACGGAACCCACCGAGUCAACCCCAGCCGCUGUAUCCAAUGGCGCAUCUCCUACAAAAGGCAUGAAGCGGGAAAAGAGUGCCGAGGCCGAAGAAAGCGACGGAUCAGACAUUCAGCCCGUUUCUAAGCGUCGCAAGAGGGCGUCAAAUACCUCAUCACCAGCCGCAAAGAAGGCAACACCAUCCCCUAAAAAGCCUAAGACGACAAAGCCCAAGGUUGAAUCGCCAUCGCCUAAACCAAUUGCGAAGAAAGCUGUGGAGGCAGAGCCGGAGGAGGAAUCCUCAUCAGCUGAGAAAGAAGAGGAGCCGUCAGAAAGCGAAGAGGAAGAGGACCUUGAACCGGAACUCAAGAAGAAGUCCAUCGAAAAAUUCCAGGCCAAAUUACAAGGUAGCGGCAAAGAUCCUUAUCCGGAUUGGAAGGCAGGCGAUGCUGUGCCCUAUGCUGCGCUAUGCACUACCUUCUCUUUGGUUGAAAUGACCAGGAAGCGCCUGGAAAUCACCGAUCACUGUUCACUCUUCCUUCGACAAGUUCUUCGCCUUACUCCAGACGACUUCCUGCCGACUGUUCAACUCAUGAUCAACAAGUUGGCCGCCGACUAUGCCGGAAUUGAACUGGGCAUUGGAGAGUCCCUGAUCAUGAAGGCCAUUGGCGAGUGUACUGGUCGCAGCCUUGCUAUCAUCAAAGCCGAUCAAAGAGAAAUCGGAGACUUGGGACUUGUAGCUGCCAAGAGCAGAUCAAACCAACCGACGAUGUUCAAGCCGAAGGCUCUAACUGUUCGUGGUGUGCAUGCAGGUCUGCUGGGAAUCGCCCAGGUACAGGGUCAUGGGUCCCAAGACAAAAAGAUUUCAGGAAUCAAGAAGCUCCUAUCUGCAGCGGACGCUGACGCCGCUGGCAAGGGUAGCAAGGGAAUUGACAUCACCAAGGACAAGGGUGGCCCAAGUGAGGCCAAGUACAUUGUCCGCUUUUUGGAGGGCAAACUCAGAUUGGGACUUGCUGAAAAGACGGUUCUUGUUGCUGUCUCCAGAGCCAUUCAAGCCCACGAAGCUGAAACAAGCGGUAGCAAGAUGCCGACGACGGAGCAGAUGGUUGCAGGCGAAAAUAUUUUCAAGUCUGUAUACAGCGAGCUGCCUGCUUACGAGGUCAUCAUCCCUGCUAUGCUCAAGCACGGCCUCUCCAAGCUACCGGAGGUUUGCAAACUCCAGCCUGGAAUCCCGUUGAAGCCUAUGCUUGCCAAGCCAACCAAGUCUAUUACCGAAGUUCUUGAUCGCUUCGAAGGAAAGGAGUUUACAUGCGAGUACAAAUAUGAUGGAGAAAGAGCCCAGAUCCAUUUUGUCUCGCCAGAUUCAAUCGAUCAAUAUCCUGGAGCACAGGCCACAUUGCAGAAGGAUAGCAAGGGACUGUCCUCCAUUUUCUCUCGAAACUCCGAGGAUCUUUCAAAGAAAUAUCCCGACGUUCUGGGAAAGCUUGACACCUGGGUCAAGGAUGACGUGAAGAGCUUUGUUCUCGACUGCGAGACGGUUGCAUGGGACACAGAGAACAAGAAGGUUCUUCCCUUCCAGCAGCUGAUGACACGCAAGCGUAAAGAUGUCAAGGCCGAGGACGUCAAGGUCAAGGUUUGUGUGUACGCCUUCGAUUUACUGUUCUUUAAUGGAGAGCCAUGUGUGAAGAAGUCUCUCCGGGAGCGUCGAGAACUUAUGCACGAAUGUUUCAAGCCCGUCGAAGGCGAGUUCCAGUUUGCCCAAUACGGCAACUCGAACGUUCUCGACGAGAUCCAGGAGUUGCUCGAGGCAAGUGUCAAAGCUUCCUGUGAGGGCCUCAUGGUCAAAAUGCUGGACACCGACGAGAGUGGUUAUGAGCCUAGCAAGCGUAGUCGCAACUGGCUGAAGGUCAAAAAAGAUUAUCUUGCUGGUGUCGGUGACUCUCUCGACCUGGUUGUUCUGGGUGCGUACUACGGACGUGGUAAACGUACCUCCGUCUAUGGUGCCUUCCUCCUGGCUGCCUACAAUCCCAACAAUGAUACUUAUGAGACCAUCUGUAACAUCGGCACUGGUUUCUCCGAGGCGGUCCUCGAGGAGCUCCACAAGACAUUGGUUCCCCUGGUGAUCGACCGCCCCAAGCCUUUCUAUACCCACUCGACUGUUCCCAAGGACCAACCCGAUGUUUGGUUCGAACCGAGACUGGUAUGGGAGGUCAAAACAGCCGAUCUGACCCUCAGUCCUCGCUAUCAAGCCGCCGCCGAUGAGUUCCAAGGAACAAGCGAUGGUGGAAAGGGUGUCUCAUUGCGUUUCCCUCGGUAUAUCAAAUCUCGUGAUGACAAGAAGCCAGACGAGGCCACUACCACACGGGCGGUGGCUGAGAUGUACCGGAAGCAAGAAGCAGUCACCAAAGAAAGUUCCGGUAAAGGUGGUGUGGAUGAUGAUUUUGAAUAUUGA